UCGCAUUGCGAUGACGAAAGAGAUUAACCGUCUUAUUCCGAUGACGAAAGACAUCGUCGCAUGUUGGAUAAUAAUAUAUUAAGCCAUUUACAUAUCUAUGAUGUCUAUAAAUAUACAUUUGAACAACUUGACUGAGAUUAAAAACAUGGAAGAUAAAGUUGUUGUGGAGCUGAAGAAUCUGGUUGACGACGCGACGUUAGCUCCUGAAGAGAAGACGACUUUAGUCCUCCACACACUGCGAGAGGCCCUGACCAGGGGGUCGGUCGGUCCAACCCAGGACCUGGCCGGUCUGAAGAGGCGUCUGGUCGACGCCCACAUCCUGGACUUCUGCUUAGCAGCCAUGAGCCUGGAGCAUGUUACCAUGGAGACUGAUGCACUGCAGCCGGAGAGCCUCACCAUGGAGACCUGGAGGAACGCUGUGCACCUGGGCCAGAUCCUCAGUUCCUGCUGUGUGGGGGCGGAGCCUGACAAAGACCAGAAGGCAUUCUACAGGCUGCUGCCGUCGGUCAUGGAGGGACUGCUUUCAUUGGCUUGCAGGCUGAUGACUCAAGUAGCAGAGAGAACAGAGUGUCUCUCUCUCUAUAGGACGGUAAUGGAUUCGGUGGGGUGGCUCCUCGGGGCUCACAGCUGUCUCACCCCUCAAGUUCUGAGCUCUCUGUAUUAUGAGAGGAUGCAGGUGUGCGAUGACGUCAUCAUCUCUCUGGUCUGCGUUUCACUGUGGAGUCAAAUCUGCAGAACCAGCAGUGACUUCCUGUCGGGGUUGAGUGACGACUCCGUGCUCCUGUUGAUGAACGACGCUGUCGGCCAGUUGGCUGUCAGCUCUGACAACGCAGUGGGCGGAGCUUGCAUUGGCUUGCUUGUCCUAAUAGCCAAUCAGCUGGACAGGCCACGCCACGCCCUCCUCCGCACCUUCCCAGGUUUGGACCGCCUUCUCAACAAAGACUGGAGGAGGCGGGGCUUCAAGCAAGAGGUCGAUCAGCUCAUUGCAAUCCUUCAUUCUGAUUGGCCCACAGCAGAAAACACCCAGGCGUGUUGUGAGCGCGUGCGGGCCGCCUGUGUGAUCCAGGCCGCGUGGAGAGGUCAUGUGACCAGAAAUAGAAUCAAGAACCUGCCCAGAGCGGUUGGCCUCCUGCAGAGGAAAUACAGGGCGAAGGUCCAUCAGCGAAAACUUCUGGAACAGACGAAUCGUUGGGAAGCAGAGCUCAAAUACCAGGUAUAUUUGAGGAGACAACGAGCCAGAAGGCGUUUCCACCAGAAGCAGAAACAGCUGCUUCACCUUCUACCAGCUGCGCUGGUCCGGAGGUACCAGCACCAGCUGGAGGGUUCUGCUGCCGUGGCGAUCCAGAGAUGGUGGCGAGGGCACCGGGAGGAGAGGAGCUUCCACACACUCCGUCACGCACACACACAGCACCGUGCAGCGAGCACCCUGCAGAGAGCGGUUCUUAACUUCCUGAGGAAACGCAGAGGUUUGAAGGCCCCGCCCACGUGCUUUAAAUUGAUUGGUCUGACGGACAGACGAAGGGCGGAGCUAAAUAAAGAGGUUGAGCACUAUGUUCGUCAUAAUCCGUCGUGCGCUGUGUCCCAGCAGGCCUGCGGUCAGCUGUUCCUCCAGACCCAGAGCCUCCUCCUCUCCGCUGACCUGGAGCUCCACGCCCGCCGACAGCAGCACAGAGACGCCCUGCUGGCCCACACCAACACACAGCUGGACCUGCUGGCAGACGCCCCCUCCCUGGGGGUUGCCACGGCUACAGAGGUGCAGGUCUUCCACAGUCGCUCCGGGCCAGUGGCGGCCUGGGCCCAGCACUCCCAUGAUGCAUUGCUGCAGGCCGGCAGCCGGCCCUGGUGGAACAGCUGGCUGGAUAACCCUGAUGACCUCACUUCCCCUCUAAGUCCCGCCUCUCAAGUAGAGCUGGAAGUCGGGUUGGAUUCUGAUUGGAAGUUUGAUUGUCCAGUAAAAAUCAUUUAAGAUAUUCAACACUUCAAUUAAAACCUUGGUUAAUCAUAAA